AUGAAGCUCUCGACAUUCGCCCUUCUAUGGGUGAUAGUCUUCCCUGAAUCUGUUCUUGCCAGAGAUGUCUCUGUCCCCAACACUGUCUGGUCUGAUCUCGCUUUCUUGAACGAGCAAGUUGCGCUGGUCAAACAGAACCAUCAACAAAGUCAUGAACACCAUCAAACUAGAGGUCCUCAUCGCUCGCUUCAAUUCCGACAAAUUUGUAGCCUGGUGAUUGAGCUCUUCGAUGCGGUUGCACCACGCAGUGAAAAUCGCGAUUGUUCGUGCAAUUUCGUUGAACAGAGCCUGACCUGCAACUAUCACUCCGUCACGUGCAACAACAAAACCUUGCCAACUCUAGAUAUUGUCUUUGACUUGGGCCGGACUACAUCCACUGUGGACAUAUGUCAAGAAUUUCAAGAAGCUGAAUUUGAACGGGUAUGUGUCCAGGCCGAGUUACAAGACAUGAAGUAUGACACGUGUGAACGAGUCACCAUGGGAUCGACCGAAUGCAGCUGCACUAUCUGCGACGGUGGCUUGAUGCUGGAUAUCGACUGCACCGACAAUCAUCCCUUGGCAGCCACCCGUGGGUGUCAACGCAUCUUUUUUGAAGAUACCUGUCUGGAUUUUGCUCCAACGCUGUCCGUGGGACAAGACUUCAACUUUACAAAGGACUAUCCCAGCAACAAUACACUGGACGAUACCAGCAAAAACGAAACAGAACCCGAUGUCAUUCUCGACAAUGACCUCACUACCACAACAAACAUUGACAUCAGCCGUCAGUUUAGUGCUUCGGGGAGAUACUUUCAUGGCGAUGCACCAGAGGAUCGUACCGGUAGCAAUGAAACGGGACCGACGCCACAAGAACGAGCCAGGGCAUGGGCCCAAUCCGAUCCCACAAACACAACGUAUUCAUCCACCGAAUUGAUGCAACGAUAUGCUAUGGCAACCUUGUACUUUGCAACCAAUAGCGAUGGGAACAAAUGGUUUCGAGAGGAUGAUUGGCUCAGCUAUCGGGUGGGAGAAUGUGAUUGGUACUCCAACAGUACCACCAUGCCCUGCUCUGAUGAUGGCCAGCUGGAAACGCUGGAUCUUACCGACAAUCUACUCUACGGCUCCCUGGUUCCCGAGCUUGGAUACUUGAGGUCGCUGAAAUACAUGUUCUUGUCCUUCAACACCUUACCGGGAUUCCUGCCCUCUUCGGUGGGUGACUUGACGAAUUUGGUCGACCUAGACCUAUCCGCCACGGAUAUUUCUGGCACAAUCCCUUCGUCUCUUGGCCAACUGACGAAUCUAGAAAGUUUAUCUUUUGCUUUCAACUGGCUCUACGGAUCCAUUCCUAGUGAACUUGGACUUCUGACCAAUAUCUAUUCAAUUGAAUUGUUUGGCAAUGAUCUCACUGGGUCUGUGCCACCAGAGGUUUGUGAUCUGAUCACCACCAACGGAAUUCAGUUGUUUGUGGAUUGCCUUGGUGUCAACUGCACUUGCGGAUGUAUAUGCCGCCGAUAG